UGCGGCUAUUUUGAUGUGCAGUACAAUCGCGGAUGUGUGGUGCUAUUUGGAUCGGAGUACGGCAAGCUUAAGAGCUGGGACGGAGCACUCACUCACCGACAGGAUGCUCUCGGCUUCCCACGCGCACAACUUCUUCUUGAAGCCCAAUCAAAGCUCAUGGGUAUUCUAAGACAAAUCUUGACAAAGGCGCUUGCGCGUAUACCCGCGGACCCACCUCAAGGAGCCGAAUCACUUCUUCACUGCAUCACUCGCUAUUGGUUCUGGCAAGGAGUCCUAGUUGAGAUUGAACACACCAGUGCUUUGUUUUCCCGGUUCCGAGACCACAUUGCACCAGGGUCCGAUCUUCCCCAGAAGUUCGAAAGCGCUCUCGGUGCUCUAGAAGCAAUCAUAGAUCAAGGAAUCGAUUUACGCGUUAGGCAACUCUCUUCUCUGCUACGAGAGCGGCCCGGCUUCUCUGACCUGUACGAACAUGAGUACGAUGCUGCCACUAAUUCCUCGAUAACACGUGUCAAAAGCUGUCCUGGGAUGCCCAAUCCGGUAACUGAAUAUAAGACACACCGACUCUGGUGGUGCCUCGGAAAUCUUCUCGCAGAAUAUGAGAACCCUUCCCGAUUUCCAUACGCCAUGCUCUUCGGUAUUUUGGACGAUCAUUUACGUACUUCUAGUGCGAAUGAGCGCAAAAAGAUGGAUGGAAUCAUGUAUGAGAGGUUCACGGACUUUGCAACCAUGAUAAAACUUGCUGAAGCUCUGCGCUUCCAUCGUCCCAGCUACGCUAAGCGCCAACCCGACGAUUGCAAAGUCAAAGAUGAUCGGCUUGGCUGGAGGCGUAUAUGCCUGGCUAAUAAUAGGCCAUAUAUUUCGUGGAGGGCCGCUAACGCCUUGCGAAAUUUUCAAAAGACAAACCCACCCGCCGGGGGUAAGUGUGGAAAGUGGCUUCAAGCAUACCAGGCCAAUCAUGAUGCACUACAAAAGCUAUGG